AUGCUUCGCUUCUUACAGCAAAUGAAUUCGGUAAGUAGCCACCUCUCAGUUGCUGGCCAGUUUAUCCAAGUUAGUGUUGUUAACAAAGUUGGUAAAGUCAUUCCUGAAGUUGUUGGAGAGCUACCGAGUGCAAGAGAGUCACCUGUUCCUCUGCACAUAUAUGAGGACGAUGAUGCCCUGAUAACAUGCGUCGUCCGAUCGAUAGGACAGAAUACGGUCGUCUGGAAGAGGAAGGAGGGAGACAGGUGGAAGGUACUCACCGCAGGCCAAGAAAGGGUAACCAUAGAUCAGAGGUUCCAAGUCAUACAUGACCAAGGUGGUGAUGUGUGGGUUUUGGCUGUGAAAGAGGUGAACAGAAAUGAUUCUGGCCUUUACUCCUGUGAAGUUAACAGUGUACCUGAAGUAAGAAGCUAUCACCAGCUUAAUGUGUUGUCUCGUGACUUGGUUCCUCCAACACAGGACUCAGCAACAGACCGUGCUGGAAACCACAACUACACUGAAUGUUGCAUAGCCUUAAAUGUUAGUCAAUCCUGCCUUGGUUUUUGUAACAUUCACAGCAUUCUGGAAGGAACCACAGGCCAAGAUCCAGAACAUUGUGAAACAGAUUUUCAAUCGAUAGUGAGAUGCAUGGCAGAUGGUAGAAACCAUGUCCCCUGUUGCAUGGAAGAGAAGGUACCUGAUAUUUGUCAAGAUGUCUGCAGAGGUGAAUAUACUAUAAUAACUGACAACAUCAAAACCCACUUUUCAUGUGCAGCUUAUACUGAACAAACCCUUGCCUGUAUCGUUGAAGGAAUAGAACUCUUGCCAAGUCAGCCUCUAGAUGUACAAGUUAUCCCAUUGACUGAUUCAUCUUUCGGGGUAGAGUGGAAGUCACCAUACAACAUUCCUCAUAAUUUAACUGAAUAUACAGUCAAUGUUACAAUGCUUAAGAGCUUUGAUUCAGCUUCUGUGACCGACAUUGCUUCAGAAGAACAAAACAACAGUCAAGCCAUCGUCACUCCUCAUAGUGUCCAAGUAAAUGUUAAAGUGACAGACAACCAAAGCAACUACGUUGUGAUAAAAGAACUAGUCCCUUUUACCAUGUACGAAGUAACUCUUGUAGCCAAAAAUAAGCAUGGAUCUAGUCUUCCUUCAAAUCCAGUGCGCUCACUUACACUUACUCCUGGAAAUAUGCGAAGUGUUAUACCAAAGAAAGUUCCCGUUCUGCCUGACAUACCUCGAUGUUGUGCUGAUAAUGGCAUUCAGGAAAAAGGUUGUGUUGACAAAUUAUGUGGCCUUGUUGAAAACAAAGGAGCACAAUUAGAAGUUGCAAAUCUAAUGAUUUGUGCACCCUGGGCCACAACAGCUUUCAAGUGCCUAGCCAACGGAAUGGAUCAUACUCCUUGUUGUAGAGCAAGAGGAUUGCCAAGGAUCUGCCAAGAUCUAUGCUCUGGAAACUUAACUCAGUUUGAUUUUUCGUACUUUAGGUGCAUUAAAUACAUGCCAAGUUAUAUUAGCUGCCUUAUGGAGGGUUAUGGAGUUCUACCUGGUAAUCCCGUUGGAGUCAGAAUUUCAAAUGUUGAUCUCGAUUUCGGAAUUGUGCAUUGGGAACCACCCAAAAGUCUUGGAGAUACCGUUGUUAAUUACAAUGUGUACUAUCGACCACUUCAUGAUAACCAGGAAUAUUCUGUUAUUACUGAUGUAAACUCUCCAUUGAUUUUAGAACAUUUGCAAAGUAAUACAAUGUACGAAGUAUAUGUUGCUGCUGCCAAUGUGCAUGGUAUAGGAGAUCCUUCUCAGAGGGUUAUGUUCUCUACCCUAAGCCAGAAGUACGAAGCUGAAUUAGAAAUGAAUGAAAAUGAUUACAAUGUUACUGCAUGCUGUGUCAAUGCUGGUCUUAGUACGUCGUGUAUGCCAUUAUGUUCAUAUGACGCAAGCAUGUCUCAGCUGAAGAUGUUGGCUGGAGUGUGUGGUGCUGAAUUUUUCAAACUGAUUCGCUGUGGUGCUGGAGGCAGAAACCAUACACCAUGCUGUACAAGACGUGGGGUGUCUCCUCCAUGCCUACCAGUUUGCUCUGGUACCUUGAUACAAUCCUUAAUAACGACUACUCAUACUUGUAUCCCGUACAUAGGAAACAUUGUUCAGUGUUUUGAAGAAGGUACUGGAAAGCUUCCAGGGCCCAUUUUGGAACUACAUGCUCUGGAAAUCACUGAUACUGAAAUUACACUGACGUGGAAACCACCGGCUGAAGGUGCUAAUGUAACUGAUUACCUCAUAAAUUACAAGAAAGUCGAUAACACGUCAAUACACGAAACUAUAUUGAAACUGGACAAUCAAAUAAACACAACCUCAACUACUGAAAAAAUAACUGGAUUGGAAACUGGAAAGCUUUAUAAAAUAUUUGUUGUUGCCAGAAAUGAGCAUGGUACAUCUCUUCCAUCUUCAAUUCUUCAUGUUAAUAUCACAAAGACAGUGAUUGGGGAUAAGGGUCUGGCCGCUGUAACCACACCACCUCAUUCUUUGGCCGUAUCCAGUCAUAGUGCAACUUACGUAACUAUUUCAUGGCAACCUCCAGAAUUCAGUCAGCCAGCAGAGCAACUAAUUUAUAGGGUGUUUUACAAAGCCAGUUCUGAUACAAAUUUCCAUUCAUCUGAUACUACUGUGACAUCCCAUACUCUGGAAAGUCUUCAUCCAAAUACUCAGUAUAUUUUCUAUAUAACUGCUAUAUUGCCAAAGAAAGGACAAAGUUUACCUUCAGAGACUCUGAUAGCUUGGACUGAUCCUGCCUACCCUGCGUUUGUUGAGCCUCCGACGGUACAUCCUAUUAACCUUGUGGUUGAAGGCAGCAGUAUGACUAUUUUGUGUAUUGCAAUGGGCACUCCUAUGCCAACUAUAUCUCUUUACAUAUCAGGUAGAUUGGUCCGCCAAGAGAUCACUAGGCACAUGGUUACAGUUGUUCACAAUGUGACUAGAGACAUGAACCAUAUUUCAUGCUAUGCUGACAAUGGUUAUGGAACUCCGAUGGAAGCAAGGAGGAGGAUCAUUAUCAGUUAUCAACCACAUCUGACAGCAAAUGGAAUCAAAAUGGCCACACAUGGUGAUACAGUAACUCUCGAGUGUUUAGUAGAAGCUCAUCCUGACCCAAAAAUGGUAUUUUGGAAAGAUUUUGCCAAUAGAGUACCUGUGAUUCAAGACCCCAAACAUGAGAUUGUCAUAAUUAAAAAUAAUGAGGAAGAGGAUAAGUGGACAAUGCAUCUUGUCAUUAAAAACAUUGAUGAUUCCGAUGGCGGGGAGUACUACUGUCAUGCAGAAAACGGUUUUGGUAAUGCUACACAACCUGUGUCUGUUCGACUUCGUAAUGUUCCUGCUGUUAACAAUGUCACACAGUGUUGUAUUGAACAAAAUGUCACUUCAGCUUGUAUGGAUGCUUGUUCUUUCUAUUUGGACAUUGAUGCUGUCAUUGACAGGCCGCAGUGUAUUAGUGAUUUCGACAAGCUAAUGAAAUGUGCAUCAGAUGGUUCUGAUCACCGUGCUUGCUGUGCUCAAAAUAAUGUUGAAAGAAGCUGCCUUGAUUGGUGCCGAGGAGAGCCCUUAGUUGCAGAAGAUAACAAACUAUGUUUGCUUCAAUACACAAAACGCAUCAUGUCCUGUUUCAGAGAAGGGCGAGAUCGCUUGCCUGGUCCUCCUCAAAACGUUCGAGUUGAAAGAAUAGACGACCAUUCAGUUUUGAUCAGAUGGGAUCCUCCUUUGAAAAAUCCACAUACAGUGGAAAUGUACAGAGUCUUUUGGAGACCUGCUAAUUCAAAGAGUCCAGCUUACAAGAAUGAUAGCAAAACAACAAGUUUAAAAAUUUCCAGUCUCAAGUCAGGUGUUAUUUAUGAAUGUGUCGUGAAAGCUGGUAAUAUCAGAGGGACCAGUACCCUAACAGAACCAUUAAGAUUUUCAACAGAUGAAAAGUACAUCACAUCUGCAGCAAGUGUUGGUGAGGAGCAUUCGCAAUUUGGAAUGGCUGCUGGAUUAGUAUUUAUGAUUGUAUUCCUUGUUGGAGUUGUUGCUGGAGCAGUAUGGUUUGUAAGGACUAGAAGCUUACUUGGUCAUAAAUCAACUGGUGGUGUCGCAUUCGAAAAUCCUAGCUACUUAAGAGAAGUCAACAUGGACCAUAUCCAGUCUGGAGAUGCCAACACAAGUAGUGGCAUGAACCACUCUGGAUGGAAACAUGAACAACUCCAUGUACCAUCAUCGACUGAAGUCGCUCCAUCAAUCUAUGAGGAACUGAAGCUCGGCCAGGAUGGUGUUGGGUUCAAGAGAUUAAAACCAUAGUGCCAGGUUUCUUUCAUUCAGUCAAAUGUGUGAUAUGUAUAAAAAGUACUUUGUUCUCAUUCACACGUAUGCUCACAGCAAACAUCUAUUUUCAAAACCACUCAGAGAAGAAUUUAUAACCCCUUUAGAGCUAAAUUUAAAUCAUGUAAUGUUUAAUAAAAUUCUGGAAUACUCUUAAAAAAAGAAAAAAAAAGUAAACAGAAAAAAAAUGAAUAUAAAUGUUAAGUAUAGUGUUUAGUGUGAACUUUUACUGACAUAAGUCGAAGACUUUUAUAUCUGCAGAUCUUGAUGUUAUUUUUUUAUCAUAAAUUUUUUAUUUUAUUAUCUUUGUAUUUUAGUUUAAAUAGCUCUUUAAUAGGAAAAAACUUGUGGUUAUGAUAGGUGCAAUUCCUAUGACAUGAAGGCAAGUUGAGCAAAAAGCUUCUGUAGAACUUAAAAUGUAAAAUAGAUCACUGUUUACUUUGAGAGAGUAAUUUUCUAUUAAAAAAAAAUUUGAUUGUAUGAUAUAGUGCAGAGUUAAUAUUGAACAUAUGUGAAAUUUUAAGUCCCACACUUUUAUAUUACUUUAAUGGUAAAAAACAAAACAAAAAAACAUAUCUAGUCCAGCAACUAAAAAGUUGAAUGGUUAUAGAUGCUCUUAGUUUUAUGCAAGACGAGAUGGAAAAAUAAACUUGUUUUGAGUUAUGGUGUGAUGUUGACGUAUUGAAAAGAAAAUGCAGGGUUUGUAUGUUUAUAACUUGCAUAACGGCAUUAGAGCUGUUAGAGGAUUCUUAUUGUGUAUAGUUUAGGGACAUUGUUGUAAAUAGUUAUAAAUAAGAAAAUAUUUUGGCAUUGUUUUAUUAGACAUGCUAAAUGGAUGUUAUAGUCUCUAAUGAUACUUAUAAAUUAUUAAAGUAGUUUGACUGUUAUAGAUUGAUUAUUAUAUCUGAACUGAGUGUCACUUGAAUGUUGUGAUGGUAAAAAUAAUAUGUCAGCUAGUCGGCAUAUCAUUUAUCCACGAACCUGUGCCUUGAGGUAUACUUAGGUUUCAUCUUAAAUCUUGUUAUUAUGUUUCUUUCUUUUUUUCUAUAUAUUUUCUUUUUGGUAUUUUUGUAGAUUCAGCUAUAAAUUUAUAGUGAAAUUGAAAUGAUAUAUUUUCUUCCAAUCAGUAGCAGUUUUAAAAUCAGUAAUGGAUGAUCAACUUAUAUACCUACUUAAUAAAAAUAGCAAGGAGACUAGUUGCUUACAAUUUUAUUUUUAUUUAAUUCUAUUCAAGGGACCAUAUACACUUCAAUUAUUCUUAAUAUAACAUUUAACUUGAGUUACUAAGGUUAAAAUAUACAUGAAUUACUGAUUAUCAAAUAUAAAUAAUUAAUUAAUACUGAGUGAACAUAAGAUACCAGGGACCGAAACAAACUACUUUUAUUCUUCAUAUAAAAACAAUUUUUUAUUAUUUAUUUUCGUGAACUAAGAUUUUUUUUUAAAUUAAUAUAAAAAUAUUUUAAAACGCUUUCAUAACAAUAUUAAUUUUUAUUGCGUAUAUAAAUGUUAUCUUAUGGAGAAAAAUUAAAAAACAAAACAAAUUAAUAAGCUUUAAAUAAUUUCAAACUAAUCAGUGAUUAAUUAAAUAUUUCAUAUUAUAAUUUUUUAUGGCUAAUUUAUAGCUUCACUGAAAACAGGAUUUUUUCCACGAUCCUUGUUAGACCUAAGAAGAGAGAGAUGAAACGGAAAUACUACUGAAUUCAAAAUUGCAUGAUAAAUAUGUUUAUAGGAUUGUUAUUAAAAAUAGAAGUCUAGCCAAGCAAGCUGUGAAUCUUCAAAGAUAAUGCAUACUUGAAAUACUUUAAAAUUUUAAGCUUUUAUUUCUUUUAAACUUAGUUAAUAUAUCGAUGAGAGGCAAUGAAAACCUAGUUACUCAGUCAGUUAGUCUAUUAAAACUGAACUCAAAUUAUAUAUGUUUUUAAACAGUGUUAUGCUAAUAAGAUUAAGUUGAAUUUGUUAAAAUUAAAAAAACAAUUUUUAAAUAAAAGUUAAAUGAUAUUAAAAAUUAGUUGUUCAAUAAAAAAAUAUUAGAAUUAGUAAAUUAUGAGAUAACCAACGGAUUGGGUCCCUGAUAUAAUUAUAAAAUUAUAAUUUCCCCAAUUUUUGUAUUGUAAAUGACAAUCAGUGGAGCUCAGGAAAAUUGUUUUAAAAUUGCAAUGAAUCUUUUAAAAUUUGGACCAAUUUUUUAAAAUACUUAUAAAACCUUUCAUGUGAAUAAAUUAUUAAGUUGUAACCUCCACCCCUAAGUUUUGGUAUCUUUAAACCUUUUAUUUAUGUUGUAUUUUUUAAAAAUAAGAAAUGUUAUCACUUUUUUUUUGUGUACUUUUAUAGGAUUAAAUAUUAAAGUAUGAAAUAUUACCAAUCUUGUAAUUAGUUCUCCUUGCUCUUUUUAGAUGUAGCAUUAAAAAUAAAUUAAAAAUGGGAUAUGCAAUUUAUUUUAAUCGAUAAUUGAAUAUUUCUUGUUGAAAAUACUUUUCUUUCCUCUGUUGCAGUAGUUAGUACUUGUGAUAUAAAAUUUGUAAUGAAACAAUUGUUAACUAAAAUUAAAAUGUAGCAUGUCAGUGUAAAUAAUUUUAAAUGACCUUUUAGUGCAACUGAAUUUUUAGUCAGUUUUUACUUGAAGAAAUUAGCAAGAAUAUUUAGUAUUAUUCAAUUUGUUUUUCUUUUUGUUUAAAUCAGAUGUAUAUUUGUUACAUAUUGUAAAAUUAUAUCAUUAAUAUCCCAGAUAGAUGUGCAGUUUUGAUUAACUUUAAAAAAAAAAAAAAAUAUGUGACAAAUGCACUCCCAAGAAGAAAAUAUGUGUAACAGUUUUUUUUUUUUUUUAAUGAACACUGUGUGUAAUUUAACAGUUUUUGUGAAAGGAAAACACAAUAAAAAAUGAACCAUUGUAUAAAAAAAAAGUUUCAAAACUAACAAACCUAAUGAACACUACAAUUUCUAUUAAAAUUAGCUCAAUAGCGUAGCUAUUGUCUGUGUCGUGAUUUGUGACAAUCAGUGGCUCUCAAUGAGUUGAUUAACCCAUUUUAUACAGUCCCUUUUCUAU